CGCUAAUAUAAACAAAAGAAAUGAAAAAGCAACAGAAAAAAGUACCCCUAAAAUCACUUCACUCAACUCCAAAACCAAAACCAAAACCAAAACCAAAACCAAAACCAAGUGUAGCAGUCUCUCGCCGCGCAACAUAAAUUGAAAACAACCCUUCUAAAAAUCUUCACUCUCGAGUCUUCCCCUUCCCCGCUUUUCAAUCAUCCAUAAAACAACCAUGCUCCCUUAACCCCUCUUUCUCUCUCUUAAAACAUCCCCAAAUUCUCUCUCUUCCCAAAACCACCCUCACCCUAAAACAUGGACAAUUACCCUUCCUAUUCUUACCCAGAUUCCGGCGACUCCUCCCCUCGUUCCCGUGAAAUCGACUUCGAAAACCCUCCGCCGUCAUGGGAAGAACAACAACAACAGCAGCACCAACAACCGCCGCAGUCUUCACUCAACCACAAGGUCAAAUUCAUGGUUAGCUAUGGCGGUAAAAUUCAGCCGCGCCCUCACGAUAAUCUCCUCUCUUACGUCGGCGGUGAAACCAAAAUUCUUGCUGUCGAUCGCUCCGCCAAAUUCUCGUCUCUCUUGUCCAAGCUUUCGUCUAUUCUUUCGUCAGAUUCCGCUGCUAACGACGCUAUUUCUGGUUUUACUUUCAAAUAUCAGCUCCCCGGAGAAGAACUCGAUGCUUUGAUUUCUGUUACCAACGAUGAUGAUUUGGAGAAUAUGAUGCAUGAAUAUGAUCGCCUCUUUCGCGGCUCUGCCAAACCGGCUCGCUUGCGGAUUUUUCUGUUUCCGAUUCAUAAAGCCGGUUCGUUUGGCUCUACUUCAUCUGAAACUGGUAAGAUAGACCGUGAUUCCGACCGGUUCGUUGAGGCUUUGAAUUCCGGCCCACCACCGCCUCCUCCUCUUUCUCAGGUGAAUAACAACAUGGAUUUCUUAUUCGGAUUAGACAAAGGCCCGGUUCCAAUUCAACUUCCAGUUCAGGUUCAGCGACAUGAACCGGAUCCACAGAUAGACGCACGGAUCCAAGAGCUGAACCGGAUGCACAUCUCAGUACAGGAAAUGAAUCGACAAAAAUCCGAGGAAGCGAAUUACGCCGCCGGUGCUCCGGCGAAUAUUCAAUCGUCUGUUCAAAUUCCGUCGGGAUACUGGCAACCACCGCCACCGGCAAACAUGGAACAACAACAACUGACACAGCAGAUGCCACCUCAGCAACAGAUGCCACCUCAGCAUCACCAACAAUUCCAUCAACAACAACAGCAGCACCAACCUCAACCACAGCAUCAACAACAACAACAACAACAACAACAACCUGUUUACAUGGUGCAUGCUCCACCACAGGCGAAUGUAUACCACGCGCCGAUGAUGCGACCAGUGACCGGACAACCAGGUCAACCCGGGCAAGGAUACUACCAUAUUCAAAGAGUACAAUCCGACCAGGUAUACCGGGAGCAGCCGGUGCAGUACAACAUGGGAUCAGGGAAGAUGGGAGGAUACUCAGAAGGAAUGGGAUUACCGGUAAGGCCAGUAGCAGGUAUGACGGCGGAGAACGCGGGAUACACGCAAAUGGCGUAUGAUAAUGGAAGUGGGAGACAGGUGUACUAUGGUGCGCCACCUGGAAAUGGAGGAGUAAUAACGACGCCGUUUCAAGGAGUAGCGGUAAACGGAAGCGGUGAGAUGAGAACGGUGGUAGGUGGUCCAGGAGGUUUAACGAGUGUUCCUGCUGAGGGUAAUAAGGGUAUUCAGAAAGUUGUGUCUAAUAAUUCUUCUACCGUGUGAUUUUUUUAUUGUUAAUUUCAGGAAAAUAAAAAUAUGAUAAUAGUAUUAAUUAAAAUGGGGAGAUGUAUUAUUAUUAUUCUGAUUUUUGGUUUUAUUUUUUUAAGUAAUAAUAAUGUUACAAUAUUGUUCAUUACUUAUUUAUUACGGAGUACUCUUUAUGGGCAUGUUUGAGGUGAUAUUUUAUGCAGUUUAUGGAAUAUAUGUUCACAUCUUAUUUCA